UGAUUUCAACACCGGCAGCGAUGCAGAGAAAACACACUGAAGCUAACGUCAAACUCCACACAACAGUUAACCUCAGUUAUUAAUGUUAUAUUCUAUUUAUUUCUAAUUUAAUAAUCCUGGAGCUGCGGGAAUGGUGUCACCUCCUGAAGCCGGAUAAUCAGACGCAGAGGCCGGGCGGCUGGGAAGGCUAGCUGGCUGGAGUUACAGCCGGGACUCCUGGGUUGAAUCUCGGCCUCCUUGCAGGAUUUCGUCGGGAUUUUUGUGGCUAUUUUGGGGAGUCUUUGAGGUGGUUUCUCCCGGCUGUAGUGGUGGACUGUACUGGCUUUAGGUGCGCUCGGUCCUUGAUGCCCGGGAGGCCCGAAGGAGCUCAGACUGUGGAGCCCCGGAGAAGGGCUCGGACACCGGGGAACUAACGUUAACGUUAGAGGAGGAGUUGGUCUGUCUCUCUGUCUAAUUAAACCCCGGCGAGCCUUGAGCCCCUCCCACCAUGAACCCUCUGAACCAAAUGAAGGCUGGACUGAGUAACAACCCACACAGUGAGGGUUCCUACCCAUACGACCCCUCCAGCUGGCAGCAGCCUACCAAUCAGCCAACAGGAUCCCUCUCCGUGGUAACAACCGUCUGGGGAGUGACCAAUCCCUCGGCCAGUCAGGGUAUGGGUGGAGGGGUGAUGGGGCCUGGAGCCAACCCAGGCGGGGGGCCCAUGAUGCAGGGCCCCGGGGGUCCGGGCAUGGCUGGGGGUCACGGAGGCUAUAUGGGUCAGCAGGGCUACGGAGAGCCCAACAAAGGCUACAUGAACCAGGGGAUGUACGGCCGGACAACUGGGGGAUACGCUGGAGGACCGGGGGGAUACACAGGGAGUUACCAGUCGAACCCCAGCGGCUCCAGAGGUUCGUCUGACUUCACUCAGGCUGCUGCCGCCGCCGCCGUUGCUGCAGCUGCUGCCACGGCAACUGCCACAGCCACGGCAACCGUCGCCGCCAUUCAGGAGAAACAAAACCAGGAAAUGAAUUACGGACAGAUGGGAGGUCAGGCCUAUAACAACCAGUUUAUGGCCCACUCUGGCCCCCGUGGCCCCCCUGGCAUGGCCCCCGGAGGUAUGGGCCCCGGGCCUGGGCCCACUAGGGGCCCUCCCUCAAUGGGCCCCAUGUACGGACCUGGAGGCGGCCCCCAGAGAGUCCCUCAGCACCCUCAUCACCCUCAGCACCCAAAUUAUGGCCCCGGUCUACAGCAGGGCCACCUGAGGCCCCCACAGGGCCUCAAACGGCCGUACAACUCUGAGUCUUUCCCAGGAAUGUCUCAGCAGUACAGCGUUCCAGUUGGUCCAGGCGUGAACGUGAUGUCAGGUCCUGGUGGCGGCGGAGGUUCAAUUCCAGGAUCAGGUGGAGGCGGUCACGUCGGCCCCGGUCCCUACACCAGCCCCAACAUGCAGUACCAUCCAGGUCCAGGCCCCGCCCCCCAGCGCUCCGGCUCCUCCCCCAAUUAUCAGACCCAUAAGAUGCCCCUCCCACAAUACCCCCCCUCAGGACCCCCCAACUCACAGUACUACAAGCAGGAGCAGUUUAACGGUCAGGGUGGAGGUUUGAACACUCUGACAACAGGGGGUGCCGGUGGUGUAUACAACUCCUUCAACCAACCAUCUGGGCCUGGUCGAGGGUUGCCGGGUUACCCCUCCUCCCCGGUUCCUGGAAAUCCGACCCCUCCCAUCACCCCCAGCAGCUCCAUGGCGCCGCCCUACAUGUCGCCCGGGAACAGUGACGUCAAGCCGCCGCCCUCUUCCUUCCUGCCUGACAUCAAACCCAACAUGGCCAACUUGCCCCCGCCUCCUCCUACAGGUAACCCUAGCGACGACCUGCGGCUGACCUUCCCAGUGCGUGACGGUGUGGUCCUAGAGCCCUUCAGAUUAGAGCACAACCUGGCUGUCAGCAACCACGUCUUCCAGCUGAGAGACUCCGUCUACAAAACUCUCAUCAUGAGACCGGACCUGGAGCUCCAGUUUAAGUGUUACCACCACGAGGAUCGACAGAUGAACACCAACUGGCCCGCCUCCGUCCAGGUGAGUGUGAACGCGACUCCUCUCACCAUCGAGCGAGGUGACAACAAAACUUCCCAUAAGCCUUUGUACCUGAAGCAAGUCUGUCAACCAGGCAGGAACACCAUCCAGAUCACUGUCACUGCCUGCUGCUGCUCUCACCUGUUUGUCCUCCAGCUGGUUCAUCGUCCGUCGGUCCGUUCGGUGCUUCAGGGUCUGAUGAAGAAGAGGUUGCUGCCUGCAGAGCAUUGUGUCACCAAGAUAAAGAGGAACUUCAGCAGCGGUUCAAUCCCUGGGACUCCUGGGUUAAACGGAGAGGACGGCGUGGAGCAGACCGCCAUCAGAGUCUCGUUGAAAUGUCCGAUCACUUUCCGCCGCAUCCAGCUGCCCUCCAGAGGUCACGAUUGCAGACACAUACAGUGUUUUGAUCUGGAGUCGUACCUGCAGCUCAACUGUGAGAGAGGAACAUGGAGAUGCCCUGUGUGCAAUAAAACAGCUCUGUUGGAGGGUCUGGAGGUGGAUCAAUACAUGCUGGGAAUCCUAAUCUAUGUUCAGAACUCGGAGUACGAGGAGAUCACCAUCGACCCUGUGUGCAGCUGGAAGCCAGUUCCCGUUAAGCCGGACAUCCAUGUGAAGGAGGAGUUGGACGGUCCGGUGUUGAAGCGCUGUCGGACGCUCAGCCCAAGUCAUAUGGUCCUGCCCAGCGUCAUGGAGAUGAUUGCAUCACUAGGUCCCGCCUCCUCAUCGGCUACCUCCUCCCCAAUGCCCUACCCCCCCCUACCUGCAGGGGGCAGCAAUAACAGCAACACACCGGACUACCCCGGAACAGCUCCGUCCUAUCCAAGUCAGUCUGCUGCUUUCUCAGACUUCAGUGGUCCUGGGACUCCGGGGGUCGGGGGGGACUUCUCCUCCCCCGGUCCUCCCCCUCUCUCUUACCAGUCUGAGCUUUCCAGUGCCCUCCUCACCCCCGACAAACCUCCCCCGCACCCUCUGGCUGGACAGAUGUCAGUGUCGGGCCGACUGGACUCCACUUCCCAUGGUGCUCCUCUAUCCCAGCAGCAGUCACAGGGUCUCCACGGCAACUCCCAAAUGGGGGGCGGCCAUCAGAUGAUGCAGCGUAGCAACCAGAACCCCCGUCUCCAAGGCGACGGCUCCUUCGGCCUCGGGGGGUCUGCGGAGGUUCCUGAACCUUCUCUGGACUUGCUUCCGGAGUUGACCAACCCAGAUGAGUUGCUGUCGUACCUCGGACCUCCGGAUCUCCCGAACAACAACAACGACGACCUGCUGUCCCUGUUCGAGAACAACUGAACACCUCCAGAAUUUAAACAGAACUUUACUGUAAGAUAUGAACUCUUUUUCUCCUCGCCCGCCAAUAUGACCGGCGGUCCAACGUGACCGCCGUCUGCACAGGAUGGAGCGAACGAUAAGAAGGAAACAAAAACAACAACAACUUUUAAAUAUGAAAAACUCUUUGAUGUUUGACGAUGAUGGUAACUUUAUUUUAUUGUUUUUUUAAUCCUCUGAAACUGUAUUUUGAUGCUUCAUCCUUCAUUCCCCGUCGUGGUUCACAGAGAGCCAUUCAGACUAUUUAAAGUUGGUGAUGACCACACAGCUGCUUUAACUACACAUCACACACACACACACACACACACACACACACACACACACACACACACACACACACACACACACAC